CGAAACCUGAAGGUGUUCCGGCAGCUCUGUGGUACAGAACCAUUGAAGGACGUCAUCCUGGUUACAACGUUCUGGUCCGAGGUAUCAAAGCAAGAUGCAUUGAGAAGAGAGGAGCGGCUCAGUUCUACUUCAGAGUUUUGGGGAGAUAUGCUCGAGAGGGGGUCUACUAUGAAGAGGCUAGUGGACCGACAAAGCGCACUUGACAUUGUCGGGUUGCUAGUGAAGAAAACUCAAGUCACGUUGCGAAUACAACAUGAACUCGUUGAGGACAAGAAGUCGCUAAUGGACACAGCAGCAGGGCAGACAGUCAACGAAGAGCUGAUGCGAUUGGAAUUGAAACACAAGGAAGACUUAAAGCGUGUCCAACGAGAGUUGGAGGAGGCGUUACAAGAACGCGAUCAUGAGAUGCAGCAGAUCCUUGAACAGCAACAACAGCGAUUGGACACGGCCAUCGACAAAGUACGGCAACAGCAAGAGCGGUUACAGUAUGACCGCAGAGCCGAGCGAAGGAAGUUCGAGAGCCAGUGUGAACUUCAGCUGCAAGAAAUGCGGGGCGAG